AUGAGCGUGUCACCUGCCACUGGCCGCAGUUCGUCGGAGCUCCGAAACAUUACUUCCCUUCCAGUGCGGCAGCCGCCCACCGCGGCCGUCCUCUCGCCGCCGUCGCGCCCCGGGCACGCAAUGGUUUGUGCCCCGAUGGCGCCGCCCGAGGGGAGGCCCGGGAAGGUCUCCGCCGAGCGCUCCUGGCCGCCUCGCUGCGGCCGCCCGGACGACGGCGACAGUGCGAAGGGCGUCGCCGAGGGCAGAGCGGAGGAGGCGGCCGACGGCGCGGGAGUUUCCUCCGCGGCGUGCAACGGCGGCCUCCCGCACGACCCGCGUCCGCCGACGCCGGAGAGGGGUGAGGGCGGAGAGGCACAGCCGCCCGGCGAUGGGGAUGCGCGCCCCUCAGAUGGCCGGACAGAGGGCAGGGUGCUCGAUGUGAUGCCGCUGGCGUUCGCUGCCGCACAGAGUUCUGCCGUUGACUCUGCUAAUGGUUCCAUGGGAGAUGGCGGGUGUAUACCCGAUUCUUUGAUAGUGGAGGGGAAGGGAGGCCGGGGGACUGAUCAAUUGGUCGGGGAUGGCGAUGAUGAUACCGGCAAUGGAGAUGGCAGGGCAGUGGGAAGCAGAGCGGAUGAUGGUGAACUGGAGACGAAGGAGGAUCAGAGCGGAAACAAGAGGUGGUCGACGUCCGCUGAGAAUCCGCCACCCAAGAGGAGAGCGGUCUAUGCCAGGCGCCGAUUUCCGCCCGGCUGUGGGAGCACUGCUGUCACCGGAAUCGUGAUCGGAGGUCUUGAACCUUCUCCGAUGUUUGGGCAAGAUGAAUCUAAUGUGGAAAUCGAAAGCAAAAUAGAAGAAGUUGGAGAAGCUAUUGAGACACACAAUUGUAAGAUCCAAGAGUCUCAAGUCAUUGACCGUGUUGUUCUAGAUGAUUUUGCAGGAGGCCAACAUGUCUGUGAUCAUCCGCAAAAUGUUAUUACAAACUAUUCACCAAAACGUGAUUUCUUUGAGGAGAUUGAUGAUAUAACACCUUUACAUGAAUGGAUACCACUAGUAGCGGGAGAUGGUGAUGUGAGAAGCGAAUGCGAAGAAAGUAUCCCGAAAGAUACUCCGAGGACUCAUCCGAGAGGACUUGUUUAUGUGAAGAAAAAUGGCAAGAGAAAGUUAAAGCAUGAUAGCAUCAACAACGACUCCCUGAAUAGAUCAGGUAAGGAGCCUAAGUGUGCACAUCAUGUUGCCACCGAUCAAAUUGAAGAAAAGGAUAAUGUGGGCCUUACUACUAAGAGAGUAAUUAUACAAGCAUUGAUGGCCCCGGACCGAGGCCCGUGGGCACCACGAAAGAAUUCUAUUGCUAGUGCUUCUAAGUCUCUUACUUCUAGGAAUAAUGUGAAGAGAAAAGAUGCUACUCCAAGGCAAGAAUUACUAUCCAAAGUUAUCCCUUCUACGCCGACUAGGAACGACACAAGAGAGCACCAAGGAGUUUUCUCCCCGGAAGAUGACGAAACCUCUUUGGCAAUAGAUGUGCAUGAAACAAGUAAUGGAUCGUGUGUCACCCUCCCUUCAUGUGUUGCUUCCGGAAACAAGAGUGUUGUUGGUACCCAAUGCAAAGUGACGAAGAUUGACGAGAAAAGUCCAUUGCAUGAAUCGGAACAAGAACCACUAGUAACGGUGGACGUCAAAUAUGAGGGAAGCUUGCAAGAAGGUAAUCUGAGGACUCAUGUGAGAGGUCUUGUUAAUGUCAAGUCAAACAGUGAGCAUGUAGGCCUUGUUAGUGUUAAGGUGAAUGUGGCACAGCUAGAUGCGAUAGGCAUCUUUGAAGACGGCACACCGGCAAACACUAUUUCAAGCACUCAGAGACGCGUGACACGCUCAAAUAUGAAGGUUAAGCAAUGCAUCGUUGCUCGUGAGUUAAAGCAUGAUGGCAUCGCCAAGGACCCUUUGGAUAGGUCCACCAAGGAUUCCGAGUGUGGCAACAUUCUUUCGACCGAUCAAACUAAAGAAAAUGAUGGCAGGGGCCUUGUUCCAAAUACAGUUGUAUUAGCAUUGAUGGCUCCAGACAGGUACCCAUGGACACAAGGAAAGAAGUCUAUUGCUAGUGCUUCUCAGCCUCUCAAUCGUAGGAAUAAGUAUCUUACGGUUCGUGAAGGUCUGUGUUUGCCUGACAUAUCUGAAGGAAAAGAGAGCAUUCCCAUAUGCGUGAUCAACACAAUUGAUGACAUGCAGCCAAUGCCAUUUAAGUACAUUACCAAAGUCAUAUACCCGCCUUCAUAUGAAAAAACACCUCCAAAAGGCUGUAACUGCACUAAUGGUUGCUCGGACUCUAGUGAAUGUGCUUGUGCCGUGAAAAAUGAAGGAGAGAUCCCGUUUAAUUUGAAUAGCGCAAUUGUUUAUACAAAGCCCGUCAUAUAUGAGUGUGGUCCUUCAUGCAGGUGCCCGCCAACAUGCCACAAUAGGGUGAGCCAGCAUGGUCCCAAAAUUCGGCUGGAAAUUUUCAAGACAGGGAAGACAGGUUGGGGUGUAAGAUCCCCCAGUUUUAUCUCUUCAGGCAGUUUCAUAUGUGAGUAUGUAGGUGAGGUGUUGCAAGAGACAGAAGCUGAAAGGACAGAGAAUGAUGAAUACCUGUUUGAUAUUGGCCGUGACAGCGAUGAUGAAGAAGAAGGCUCACAAUCUUCUACCUCCGAUAUAAUGAACAAAGAUGUAGGCUAUACAAUAGAUGCUGCAAAGUGCGGUAAUGUUGGAAGAUUUAUCAACCAUAGCUGCUCUCCAAACCUGCAUGCACAGGAUGUUCUCUGGGACCAUGAUGACACGAGGGUGCCACAUGUUAUGCUUUUCGCUGAAAAGAAUAUACGCCCGCUACAAGAGCUGACUUACGAUUAUAAUUAUAACAUAGGUCAAGUCCGCCAGAAUGGCAAGGAGAAGAUAAAAGAUUGCUUUUGUGGUUCGUCCAAAUGUCGGCUCAGGCUUUACUAAGGUUUUGUUGACUGCUCCUUGGUUUUACUCUUCGGUAACCUACAGUCGUCGAUGGAGCGUAAUCUUUAUUUUCUUUCUACCCUGCUGUUGAAUUAUUGCUGUGUUUUAGAGAGCAUAUGAGCAGUGUUGGCUGAGUACUUUUUCUUGUGUGUUGGACUUUAAACGAGUAAUGAUGGUAGAUGAAUUAUUAGUUGUCAGUUAUGUCAUACUGUUAUUGUUGGAAUCGUUGUACUAGAUAUAACAUGAG